AUGAAUAUUGAUCUAAUUAAAAAAAUUAAGAAAAAUUAACAAAAAAUUGAAUAACAUAAUUAAAAACUAUGUGCUUAAGCAAAAGAUAUUUAUGCAUUAGUAUUGGAUUCAAAUUAAUAAACUAUAAUUAAUGUGAAUAGUAAUUUAAGAACACUAGUAUGGAAAGGAGUUAAGUAAGUACAAAAAAAUCAACAAAAUAGAAUUCUAUAGUUCCAAAUAAAUCUGAGCUUUCUGGUCUUAUCGAUUCGGUAAGAAUAAUAUAUGACCUUCAAGUUUUCUCCAAUAUCUGUUAAAUAAUCACAUAUCGAUAAAAUUGUCUCAAUUAGUCCAAAUAGAAAUGAUUUAACAAGAAUUAGGAUGGAAAAUGCUGUUUUAAAAGAGUAAAUAAAUUCUAAAGAAAAGUAUAUUGAUUAAUUAGAUGAAACAAUUAUUGAACUUAAAAAAGAGAAUCUGAUGAGUUAAUAUUAUUAAAAUACUACUAAUCGAAUAAAUAAAGAAUUAGAAAUUGGAAAGAAAAACUCAAGAUCAAAUUUUUAGAAUAAAACUUAGAGAAAAAUAAAAGUAAUGAUUUUAAUUUAAAUGAAAUGGAAACCUCUAUGUAGAUUAUAAUCUUAGAAAAUGAAUAAUUAAAGCAAUAACAAAAAAGAUGAUUCUAAAUGGUUAAGUUAGUUGUAGGAAGAAUUUCAAAUAUUUUAUACAAAAAGUCAAGAAACUAAAAAUAAAAUGGAUGAUACUAAAUAUUUAAUUUACCAACUUUCUGAAAUAAACUAAUUUUUAACUAACAAAUAUUGUUCAUAUGUAUAAAUCAUAAAAUAGUAAAAAGUAGAUUUAACUCCACUCCCUAAGGCAAGUUCUAUUAAACCCUUUGCUCAAGUCUUUUAAGUGCAAAUAAAAACUUUAGUAAAUUUAAAUUAAAUACUUAAAGAAGUUAGUACGUCAGUGGAAAAAUUCUCUAAUUAAUACAUUUCUUAUGUUGGAUUAUAAUUAGUUUCUUUAUGA